AUGAGCGCAGUUGAGUUCAGAAAUUUGUAUUUAAAGACAACUUCAAACUUGCCAGAGUCUAAAAUCGCCAUAGGACUGUUCAAACCUUACAACAUAAGUAGUACUAUACCAUUCCUCUUCACUUGCACCAUGUGCUCCAUGAGGUUCCUGUUUAUCACCCUCCUUCUUGUGACUGUCCUAACAACUCAAUGUGAGGCGUUUACGGCUGGUUCAGGAGGCUAUAACGGCAAAAGAUCUAAAGUACGAAAGGAGGUAUAUUGUAGAAUCGAACACAGUUGCUUGGUCAAACUUAAGUUUAAAAACCAAAUCCGAUAACAUCACGUAACAUAUUUCCUUAGUCGAAUUAUAAUCUUGAGUUUAUCAAACGAAAUUUCUGCCGAGGUGGUCGCAACUCUUACCGAACCUUAUAUUACUGGUGAUAAUAGCGCCAUCUUUCUUGAAAAUGCUUCCGUAAUAAUUAUUUUACACAGGAAAAGCUAGACAUAACAUAAGAUCAGGCUUUGGAAAAAGUUUCUAGCAUUCAUCAAAAGUAAAUGUAUAACACUCCAGGCUGUUUCAACAAUUGUAGAGUGUACAGUGAUAUGAUUUUGUUACCUAGUUCACUACAAAAUGUAUCCUAAACCAAAUUCAAUUUUAUUAUCCUCGAUUCAGGAAGUUGGCCUUUCUACUCAGGUUUUACAAUAUGUUAUAUCACGAUAUUUUGUCUGGCAGAGUUUGUGGUAAGCGGGUGUUACGCCCAAAUAUUAAAAAUUAACUCAUGAAUUCGUGGCUCGAUUAAAAAUAGCUUUGUACGCCUUGCUUUCCUAUGUAUAGUCCCGGAAAAAACGAGGAUACGUAAAAUAUCAACCUUUCGUGCAUUAAGGAAAUAUGAUAGGAAUCUGUGAUGAAGAUAAGUAGAGUAAUGAGAGAACAAAGUGUCCCUUUGGAUUUGCAUCCCAACAAAAUAAAAAGAUACUGGAUUUACUUUUAAGCUUAGUUGUGACGCACUACUCUCUCUUUAUGAUCCACUUCAGACUACGGGGUGAAAAAGAGAUAUUGUACAAAAGCAUCAAGUACGAUUUAGGACAUCCAUACCUUAAAAAUGACAUAAGUGGCAAAAUACAAAAGAUAAUCGUAAAAAAAUCUUGACAGGAAAAUUAAAAAAAAAAACUAAGAAAGUUGCAAACGGCUCUCCGGAACUAUAUGUGUAUGGUAUAAAACGUUUCAACAACGACAACAACAACACAAGUUUAUAAUGUCCUACGCUUAGCUAUUCAGUUGUGACAUUACAUAAUGAAAUGAGACACCAGCCAAUUUUCAGGUAUUCUAUAUAACUCAAAAUUAAAUUCAAAGUAAAUACUAUAACAUAUGUAUGAACAUUCUAAGAUUUAAGAAAGUAGAUGUUUUUUUAGAAUUUAGUUUUCUUCACUGAUGUAAAUUUUUGAAGCUAAAUUCUGUUUGAACUGUCCAUUUUUAAGAGCUAUGAGCUCAUGGAUAUGGUGCUAUAGAAUUCCUUUAUUCAUCAUUUAAGAAUAUUCUCAUUGGUUAUGACUUUAAACCAGCAUUUCCUUUUUUGUGAUCUGUCCAACAGAAUGAUCAAAGCCUUGAAGCAAUUUGUUCAGCUGCAAGAACUCACUGCCCAGAGUCCAAGAGGUCUUUGGAAGAAGAGAACUAUACAGCAAGGGGAAGAUUCCUGUCUUAAAUAGUUACGUGUUCACAAUGUUGAUAACUAUCAAACGAGCUGCGUAGGGGACAUUAGGAACACAAUAUUAAGCUGAAUAUCGUGAUAUUCUUCUUUGGAGUUACUGGCAUUUUAUGUUAGCAUAAAUUAAACGAAUGCUAUCCGAUGAAACUGCCAAUAAAAUAAAUUUACAAAUGUUACAGAGAAAAAACCCCACGUUUACGAGUUUGUGGCUUCGUUUUAUGGAUAAAUGAAUAAAGGGGGUAAGUUUCUAAG